AUGGCGGCGUCCGGUUCGAAGUGCCAAAAGAUUCAGGCGGAUCGUCUGCAGCUGGUCAUCCAAGAGUUAUUAAAAGAUGAGGACAAUAAAUAUUGCGUAGAUUGCCCACGUUGGGCUUCUUGGAAUAUCGGAGUUUUUCUGUGCAUUCGCUGCGCUGGAAUCCAUAGAAACCUCGGCGUUCACAUAUCAAAAGUGAAGUCUGUCAAUUUGGACUCUUGGACUGCAGCUCAGUUGGCGGUAUUUGAUUUUUUCCUUAUUCCCGUCAGGCAAUAG